AGCAGGAGAGUAGGUUUGAGUGCCAACUCGUCCCAGUUCACCUUGGAGGGAGAAACAUUCCGUAUUCUGGGGGGAUCCGUCCACUACUUCCGGGUCCCUAGAGCCUACUGGAGAGACCGCCUGAUGAAAAUGAAGGCUUGUGGCAUCAACACCCUCACUACAUAUGUACCAUGGAGCUUACAUCAGCCAGAGAGAGGGGUUUUCCACUUUCAAACAGAGUUGGAUUUAGAAGCCUACAUUAACUUGGCUGCUGAGGUAGGACUCUGGGUGAUCCUGCGUCCAGGGCCAUACAUUUGCUCUGAGCUCGACCUAGGAGGGCUGCCGAGUUGGCUUCUUCGUGACGAGAGUAUGAGGUUGAGGACUACUCACCCAGGAUUUGCUGAGGCAGUCAAUACGUUCUUUGACAAGCUCAUUCCAAAAGUGGUUCCUCUACAGUUCAAGAAAGGAGGGCCCAUCAUUGCUGUACAGUUGGAAAAUGAAUAUGGAUCAUUUGCAAUGGAUAACACUUACAUGCCUUUCAUCAAGGAGGCUCUACAGUCCAGAGGAAUCAAUGAGCUCUUACUGACGUCAGAUAACCAUGAGGGAUUAAAGGAAGGGGGUGUGACGGGAGUAAUCAGAACAGUGAAUCUACAGAAACUAAAUCAGGGGGACAUCAAGUAUUUGAAUGCUAUUCAGCCCAAUAGCCCCAUGAUGGUGAUGGAGUGCUGGACAGGCUGGUUUGAUGCAUGGGGAGACCUCCACCAUGUCCUCGCUCAAGAGGAUAUGGUUUCUGCUGUACGGGAGAUUCUGAGACGCGGCAUGUCCAUCAACCUGUACAUGUUCCACGGAGGGACUAACUUUGGCUUCAUGAGUGGAGCACUGACAAACCCAAUCUACAAGGCACUAAUCACAAGCUAUGAUUAUGAUGCACCUCUGUCCGAAUCGGGAGAAUACACGCCAAAGUAUCACCUUCUCAGGGAUCUAUUCAGUCAGUACCACAGUAAAGGUGAGAAGCUCCCUGAUAUGCCAGCCCUGCGUUGGAAGGAGACGUAUGAGCCAGCCAUCAUGUACCAGCACCUCUCUCUGUGGGACGCCUUGACCUUCGCUGAGGAGCCAUUUAAAUCACCAACCCCAGUCAACAUGGAGAAUCUCCCAGUGAACAGUGGGAAUGGCCAGUCCUAUGGCUAUACCCUCUAUGAAACCAUUAUAACCAGCGGAGGCUCCCUCAAGUCUGGAGACAAUGUACGGGACAGAGCCCUGGUGUUUGUGGACAGACACUACAUUGGCAUUUUCAAGCAUCAGAAUCUGGAGCUAGCGGUGCCUGAUGGAAAGGAGAAACGGACAUUGAGCUUACUGGUUGAGAACUGUGGACGAGUUCACUAUGGGAAAGCUCUAGAUAAACAGCGCAAAGGUCUGGUAGGUGACAUUCUAUUGAACAACAGUCCUUUGAGGGACUUCACGAUAUACAGUCUGGAUAUGAAAACCAGCUUUAUUGAUAGCCUCAACCAGGCACCUUGGAUGUCCCUUCCACACGUGCCCAGUUUCCCUGGAUUCUUCCUGGGAAGAAUGUUUACCUACGGCUAUCCAAGUGACACCUUCGUCAAGCUACCAGGCUGGGGCAAAGGGGUAGUCUUCAUCAAUGGUUUGAACCUGGGGCGCCACUGGUAUAUCGGCCCCCAGCAAACACUCUACCUCCCAGGACCUUUUCUCAACAGUGGAGUAAACCAGGUCAUUGUGUUUGAAGAGCAGGAAGCUGAUUAUAAAAUCACGUUUGAAGAGACUCCUGAUCUGGGCAUGGCUGUGGACAUUCAGUAACUGCAUUCCCAAGCUACUGUACUUUUAAUAAACAAUAAUACUGGAUGGAUCUUAUUUUAAAAAAUUCUUUUUUUUACCCAAAAUGCUGUACAUUGUAUGGGGAUAACUCACCAUACAAUAUUGUUCAUCAUUUUAUUGACGUAAAUAUCAUCCAAACUGGAUUUUUAUUGAAUCUAGUAACAAUAACAAAAUAUCACAGCCUAAAAACAAAGCUAUUUUCAACUGGAAUCAUUGUGUUGGCUAAACAAGUCAUCAAUGUCUGUAUGUGUCAUGAUGACAAGUAUUUUGGUUAUAACAAAUGGCAUGUCAUGUUAAUGAUAGCAUUCUGGUGACCCUUGCUUCCACACAAAAUGUUAUACCUGUAUCAUCUGACCACUGAUUGAUAGACUACAAGAGCUUAAGCAGUUUUAUUUUAGUAUUCAUCAUGCAUCAAAUUGGCAAAUAUGAGUUAGUGUGCUGUAUGUGCUUGGCACUUCAAUAAUGUAUCUUCCCUGAGACCAGGACUGUAUAGGACUAAUUAAUACAAAAUUAAAACAAUACUAUGAUUUUGAACAGAAAUUACAAUAUCAACAAGAAUAAUAAACCACAUCAAACAAGGAAAGCAAAGAGAUGCUGACAUACUAAGUAUAUUUUUAUGAUCGUAUUUACAUAUAAAUAUUACAGUGGCAGUUUACAAUGCAGAAGUAUUCCUUCUGUUUACCUUUGAAUAUCAAAUCAAAGGUCAAUAAGUGGCAUUUUGGGGUCCAGACUGGUCAGAAAAUGACAUACUGUAUCAAGGGAAGACUAUUACUGGCAUAUAUCCUGUGACUGUAGUACAGUGCCUUGCGAAAGUAUUCGGCCCCCUUGAACUUUGCGACCUUUUGCCACAUUUCAGGCUUCAAACAUAAAGAUAUAAAACUGUAUUUUUUUUGUGAAGAAUCAACAACAAGUGGGACACAAUCAUGAAGUGGAACGA